AUGUAUAAUUAUGGAAUAGACUAUGUCAUCGUCAGCAAAAGGAAUUGCCUGGCAGGGAAGAAAAUUUUAAAGAGGGGAAAGCAGCAGUUUUGGAACUCCGGAGGCAGGAAAGAGCAUUCGCAAUGUCAGUCGAUGCUUCGCCAAUCAAAAGAGAAGACGACUGCUCUCCGGAACCCAAGCAGAACAACGAUUGAGUGGAGGAGGGGAAUGGAGAAAAUCAUCUACGACUUCUACUCUGAUCUCUUCGACAGCCAUGUCCACUUGCCCCCUCACCAUCUGAGGGAAGAUGGACAUGUCAUUCCAGAGGUUCUCCCGUCCGAAGUCCGACAUGCCAUCAUGUCGGUGAAGAAUCGCACUUCACUCGAUCCCGACAGAAUCAAGCCUGAACAUCUGAAUUACCUACCGCCGGUCAUCAUCAGAACACUGGCAAGGCUCUUCACUCGUUAUCUGUCGGAAUGCAAGGUUCCUAAGCAAUGA